AUGGCUUUCCAGCAAGGAGCCUCUUCCUCUUUCUCUUCCUCUUCCAACCGCCGAUGGACAUACGAUGUAUUCUUGAGUUUUAGAGGCGAAGAUACACGCCACAAUUUUACUGCCCAUCUAUACCAUGCUUUGCUUCAAAAGGGAAUCAACACUUUCAUAGAUGAUGAUCAACUUAGAAGCGGAGAGGAGAUUUCUCCAACACUUCUCAACGCUAUCGAAGACUCAAAGAUUUCAAUCAUUGUAUUAUCUCAAAACUAUGCAUCAUCCACAUGGUGUUUGGAUGAGCUACUAAAGAUCCUUGUGUGUAAAGAUACAAAUGGACAAAUGAUUCUACCAAUAUUUUACAAGGUGGAUCCGUCGGAUGUACGACAUCAAAAUAAGAGUUUUGAAAAAGCAUUCACUAAACAUCAAGAGAGGUUCAAGGAUGACAUCAAAGUGCAUAGGUGGAAGGCAGCGCUAAUGCAAGUCGCCAGUUUGUCCGGGUGGCAUUUAGAGAAUUAUGAGAAUGAAGCCAAAUUUAUUGACAACAUCGUUCAGACUGUCUCAAGAAUCGUAAAUCCAACAUACUUACAUGUUGCCAAGUAUCCAGUUGGAAUAGAGCCUCGUGUACAGCAUAUCAAGUCACUUUUAAGUAUGGAGAUAAAUGAUAGACGCAUGGUAGGAAUCUUAGGAGCCGGUGGAAUUGGUAAGACAACUAUUGCAAAAGCUAUCUACAACUUGAUUGCCUCUCGGUUUGAAGGUAGUUGUUUUCUUGCCAACGUUAGUGAAACUUCUAAGCAAUAUUUGGGUCUGGUCCAACUACAAAAUACACUUCUUUCGAGAAUCGUAGGACAUACUAUGAAGGUUGACAGUGUUGAUGAAGGAAUUAUCAUGAUAAAGAAAAUGCUUUGCUCUAAAAGGGUACUCCUUAUUCUUGAUGAUGUGGAUGAUAAAUUAGUCCAAUUAGAUAAAUUGGUUGGAGAAGUUGAUUGGUUUGGUUUAGGAAGUAGGAUCAUCAUAACGACAAGAGACAGGAAAGUAUUGACUAAUCAUGGAAUAGUUGAUGAUCUAAUAUAUAAGGUGAAGGAAUUGGACUCCAACGAAGCUCUUGAGCUCAUUUGCUGGAAUGCUUUCAAAGGAGACAAACCUACUGAUGAUUUUAUAGAACUAAUGGAACAUGCAAUACGUUAUGCUGGUUGCCUUCCACUAGCUUUAGAAGUGCUAGGUUCAGAUCUACAUGGCAAAGAUAUACAUCAAUGGAAAAGAUGGCCGGCAGAUCAUGUAAUUAAAAUACUAGAUAGUUGUGAUUUCUUCCCAAUUGAUGGUAUCAAAGUGCUUAUAGAGAGGUCUCUCAUUACCAUUGAUACGUACAAAACUUUGGCAAUGCACGACUUAUUGCAGGACAUGGGUAGAGAAGUUGUUAGACAAGAAUCACCUGAAGACCCUAGCAAACGCAGUAGAUUAUGGUUUCAUAAAGAUGUUUGUUAUGUCCUUGAGAAUGGUGAGGGAACAAGCAAAAUCCAAGGCAUAUUGGUAGAUUUGCCUGAAGGAAACAUGAUGCGCUUGAGUUUCAAGGCCUUCAAGAAGAUGAAAAGGCUUAGACUGCUUAUGGUUAAGCCUAAUGCGCACUUUUCUGGAGAGCUUAAUUUUCUCUCUAAUGAGUUAAGAUUACUUGAUUGGCAUGAAUGCCCUUUAGAAUCUUUGUCAUCCAUUUUUCAUAUAGAGAACCUUGCUGCUUUAAGAAUUCCUGGGAGUCCUCUCAAGAGAUUGGAGGGAAUUGAGAAUUUUCAAAGCAUGAAAAUUAUGGAUUUCUCUUAUUGUGAAUUCCUAAAAAUAUUCCCCGAUGUUUCAAGGAUUUCAAAUUUAGAGGAUUUGAGGCUUGAUGGUUGUACAAAUUUAGUUGAGAUUCAUCAUUCUGUUGGAUUUCUUGAUAAGCUAGUUUCUUUGAGUCUUGGUGAAUGCUAUAACCUUAGCAGUUUUCCUAGAAGCCUCAAAUUGAGAUCUCUAGAAUUUCUUUGCGUUACAGGUUGCUCAAUGCUUAACUACUUUCCUGAAAUUGAGUGUGAGAUGGAGUGUUUAGAAGAAAUCAUCUUUGCAAACACUGGUAUAAAAGAACUACCUUCAUCUAUUAGCUACCUCAUUGGGCUUACAAAGUUAAGACUACAAGGUAACAUAAACCUUAUGCAUCUGCCAAGUAGCAUUUAUGAGUUACAAAGUAUAAAGCGUAUUUUUCUUGAUGGUUGCUCAAAACUUGUUAAGUUUCCAAAGAAGAUGGGGGAUAUUAGACAAUCCAUGUCCUCUAAUGUAUUUAGAGAGGAAUCAGAAAUUUCAUUAGGUCCAAACUUACUCCCAUUGCCACCUCCUACGAAUUCAAGUGUUUUUAAUGAUGAUUGUUCAUCAAUAGUAUUUCCAGCACUACAACAGUUGCAUUGUAUCUUAUUAGAAUCAAGUUUCUUUAGGAUAUUUAAUUGCUCGUCCACAUUGGUAGUCUUAAAUCUAUCAGGGAGUGCUAUUGUUACCAUUCCUGCAUGCCUCGAAAGAUUUGUUUGCUUGUGUUACCUUAACUUGAAUAAUUGCAAGCAACUUCGAAAAAUUCUAAAGCUUCCACCAAGUAUAAAAGACGUGUGUGCAGAGGGGUGCAAGUCAUUGGAAACAUUUUUCGGAGAUCCACGAACAUGUCAAUUAUUUAAUACAUGGUGGUUACCAGAUCUUGUAUGGUAUGAAACAACUUUUUCGACACGAGGCCCUGUGGGCAGUGGUGCUCCUGCUGCAACCUAUCAGAAUGUGCAAACUGUGGCAAUACCUCAGCCAUUGAGGGGACCUCUUCAACCUCGUUACUUUCACUGUUUAGUUUCGGGAAAUAAGAUUCCAGAUUGGUUCAACCAUCAUGUAAAGGUUUCAAAUAGUAAUUCAUGUCAAAUAAAGAUUGAUAAGCCUGCAGAGAUGCUUGGGGAGUUCACAAUAAUUGCUUACUCUGCUGUUGUUAGAAUAAAGGAUGUAGAAGAAGACGAUGAUGUUUCACACGAAAUUAGUACUUACGUCAGCACUACUAAUAGAUAUAUUUCAACGGAAAUCUAUAGUGACACUGCAUAUUUGGAUAGAUCGGCCUCAGAAUAUGUAUGGCUGCAUUUCCAUGUCCCACAAUAUUCUUUUAAGCUUCCAAGUGUUGAUCAUGUGCAAGUUAAAUUUGAAGUUACAAAGCCAUUCUACUUCAAAAGUUGUGGAUUCCAUCUGGUACGUCUGUGUAACGAGAAUGCGAUUGAUUUAAUAGAUGGAAUUCAACGGAAAAAUAGACCUGUACCCUGUGGUGAUGGAAACUUGGAAUCCAACAAAAGUGUCAUUCUUCAAAUGUAG